AUGAGAAUUACGCCCAAUCUCUGGAAGAUGGCGAAAGACACCGUGUACGAAGGCGUCUUCGCCAUCAACAAGCCAUACGGCAUGAGCUCUGCGCAGGUGAUCCGCGAUUGCCAGCAACAGAUGAACCCCUCAGCCAUGUUCAAGCCUUUGAUCGAGAGAGACCUUGCCGCCAAGAUGCAGGAGUCCAAGCAAGAGUGGAAGCGCCGCCGAGCCGUUAAGAAAGACUCCCGCGUAAAGAUGGGCCACGGAGGCACACUCGACCCAUUGGCGACCGGCGUGCUCAUUCUGGGUGUCGGAUCGGGUACCAAGUCACUCGGCUCCUUCCUCGACUGCACCAAGACCUACGAGACGGUGGUACUAUUCGGCGCAAGCACAGACACCUACGACCGCGUCGGUAGAAUAUUGAGCAGACGGCCGUACGAUGAGAUCACAAAAGAAAAGGUCGAGAAGGCGAUGGACAGCUUCAGGGGCAAGUUCGAGCAGAUCCCGCCUCUGUACUCGGCACUGAAGAUGGAGGGAAAGCCGCUGUACGAGUACGCUCGUGAGGGCAAGGCUAUCCCUAGAGAAAUCGUGGGACGCGAUGUCGAAGUAUCCGAGCUCGAAUUGGUCGAGUGGUACGAGCCCGGAACGCACAACUACAGAUGGCCUACCGAAGAGGCUGAGACGGCCGAGAAGAACCUCGCUGAGCAGGUCUGGCGAGUGGAGAAGCAACAGGGCUCCGGCCGCCGGCUCACUCCCGAGGAGGAGAAGGAAGAAGAGAAAGCCCUCUCUGAGCACGAGACUGUUAAGAAGAAGUUUGAGGAGCGCCAGGACGGUCUUAUCCGCGACAAGCCUGCCAAGAAGCAGAAGCCGCCCAAGAACCCGGCCCUGAUGUCUGGCGCUUUGGGACAGCUCCCCGGUGGCAAGGGCUCCAACCUCAUCCCGCCACCUCCAUCUGCGGAUGAGCCCUUCCCUUGGACCGACAAGGGCCCGCCCGCUGCUAGGAUCCGCAUGAAGGUCACGUCUGGCUUCUAUGUUCGCAGCUUCUGCCAUGAUCUGGGUGCCAAGGUCGACUCUGCGGGCAUGAUGGCCGAGCUUGAGCGAUCCCGACAGGGCGACUUCGAGGUCCGCACUGAUAGCUGCUUAGAGUACGAUGACGUUCUCAAGGGAGAGGAGGUCUGGGGACCCAAGGUCGCCAAGGCAUUGUCUGAAUGGACCGAGAAGUACCCCAACGGAGCACCGCAGUCGCAACGCGAGCGACAGAAUGCCCAAGGUCAGCAGAAGCAGCAGCAGAACCACGGCCGCAAGGAUGACAGGAAGCGCAAGUGGGAGAACAAGAGCUUCGAGAAAAACGACAACGCGUCCAAGAAGAGGAGAAACUCCAGCUCGGGAGACGAGGCGCCCGCCGCCAAGGUGGUCAAGUCGGAGCAGGCUAGCGAUGUCAAGGAGUCUUCACCCAAGAAGUCUCCCAAGGCAUCACCUAAGGCGUCACCCAAGGCGUCACCCAAAGGUUCUCCCAAAACUUCUCCCAAGGCGAAGUCAGCUAACAAAAAGAAGUUUGAUGACGUAUGGGAAGGUAUUCAAGACUAA